GAUACACAUAACAACUUUGAUAGGUUGUUGCCGAAGACUGAAAAGGAAAGCUUUGGCAACAGUGUGACUCGGCAUGAGACCCGGCCACCGGGUCGUUGACUCCGCAACUCUGAGCAAAAUGCAGUGACGAUUCCGGCCAUAAUCUUGUCGUUCGUUGCUGGUUGCGACAAUGCGGAUAGAGCUGACCCCUCGUCAGGGGCGCCCAAAGGGCGCCGAGAGGAUUCAAAUGGCCUUCAAUGGCCUUUACGGUGACUUGGAACUGUCACCCGGCAACGUUCGUUACGAGAAGCCAGAUGGCGUCAGCCGCCCUCGCUUGACGCCACGAGAAACGCCUCGCGGCAAUAAUGUCGCCUUCUCGCCGAUGGACACCUCACACUACGCCAACUCACCCAGGCCGCAUCACCAGCGCAGCCCACCGCCAACUUCCACAACCUGCACCUCCGAGCAAACGGAACCCGACGAUGCUUCCGUCGGUCAAGCAAGCUGCGGUGUGUCGCCUGCUUCCGCGGGAAGGAAGUUCCUGCGCGGCGGCUCCGGCUACGCACGCCGCCACAACCAACGCACGGCCUACGCAGCGGCGGGCGCCGCAGCAGGCAGCCCCGCGGCGCUGCCGGCUGCCCGGGCCUCUCCAGCCGGCUUGAGGACGCUGUCCACCUGCGCUGCUCGGGUCCAGAAGCUGCAACCCAGUGGACUGGACGGGCGGUAUCGACAGCAGUCAAAGUCAAAACCCCUCGGCGCCACCCUCGGCAAGACCACCUCCGCCGUCAUCGCCGCACUCGCAAUGGACCCCGACAUGCACGACAUGGACCCGGCUGCGCUGUCGCUGCUGGAGUCGAUCAUGGGCUCCCCGCUGAAGCCCCGAGGCAACGACAUCAACACCUCCUCGGCCCCCCACGCCAAGCACCCGGGGGGUCGACAACAACAGCCGCAGCAAGGGCAGCAACAGGCCACGUCACCGGCUUCGGCGCUGUCACACCCGCGACCUGUGUCGUCGUCUCGCAACCCCUCCGAGUCCGCAUCCAACAUGACGACGGGGACCGCCAGCGGGCUGUCGCAACCUCCAAGGCAGCAGCAACAACAACAACAACGACUGCUGCCGGCGACUCCCGGAUCAUCCGCUCUGCCGCCCCGAGCAGCCGCCGCAUCCUCUUCCUCCUCCGCUAGCCACCACAUCCGCCCAUCUCCUCGUCACCCGCACCACCAUCACCAGCAUGGUCCGCGUCGGCAGUUGCCCAUUGCCUCCGAGUCUCCUCGAGGAGGCUACGCGCCACUUGCCGACCAGCGGAACAACCACAGCAGCAACAACAACGGAGCCUUAGCCCCUGCGCCCUCGCCCUCCGCCGCAUCCGGUACCUCCGCGUCACCCCACCAACACAACCACCCAGCCGCCUGGUCGGAUCUCUCCGCCACGGGCUCGGGCGGCAGCUUUGACGUGUCGUUGAUGGCGGCGGCGCAGUCCCCCUCGCAGGCAAUGACGCGGCACCCUCGUCCGCUGCUGAAACGCAGCACCAGCCCCGUCGUGGUGAACCUCCUUCAGCGCGACGUGCGUGACACCUCGAGUCACAGCGGAACAGGAGCAGCAGCAGCGACAGGAGGAGGAGCAGGAGGAAGACCAACGUCCGCAGCAGCAGCAGGUGCGCCCGCCGCCCUGACAUCCUCUGCUAAACUCCAAGAGCAGCUUCGGGCUUCUGCGGCUGCUGACAAGUCUUGUCAGCUCCAGCCACCAGAGCAGCAGCAACAACAGCAGCCGUCGUCCACGCAUGACACCAACGCACCCCACCGGCCGCAUCACCCGCAUCAGCGAGGGAGCCAGGGCGGUUGUGACUCAUGGGUUGAUGCAGCCAAGCCGCUGCCGUUUGGUGCGACCACCACAACCGCUGUUGGUGGUGGUGGUGGUGCAGGCGUAGAGGAUGGUGUUGCGUCGCCUGGAGGAGCUCGUCCGCACACGCGGCUGGCCUCAUGCGCCGACGAUGCCGCCGAGUCAGCUGCAGCCGCCGCUGCAGUGCGUAAGACCCCAAGCAGUCACAGCGCCGCUGCUGCAGUCAACACCCGUCACACCUCCACCGCCGCCGCUGCAGGCGGCACUCAUACCUCUCCGGCUGCCGCCUCGUCCCCCUGCCGUACGCUGCUCAGGCGGCUGUGUCGUUCCCACGCGGCCGGAACUCUGUCCUCUAAGAACCUGCGGGGUGGGAUCCGGGAGAGGGAAGACUCCAGAAGGCCAACCACGUACGCUGAGUUGCAAGCCGCAGCCAAGCUUCGCUCCUCUGCCGACUCGGCGCCCGUCACCGCACCGCUCAACCACCUGCAGCAACCCCAGCUAGCCCCCUCAGAGCCACCUCAGUCCCCGCCACCACCACCACCCAUGCCGCCUGUUUCCGAUUGCGAUGCUGGGGCCGAUGCCGAGGACUAUGCCCUUGCCGCCGCGGCUGCCGCAAAGCUUGCGUUGGACGAGCGUCGUUCCUCGUGUCGCCUGGAUGCCGAUCGGAGCUCGGGCGCCUCGUUCGCUCCGUCUACUUUAUCGCACCGGGGCAGCAGUCGCAUGCUGCUCAGCGGUGGGGGCCCUAUUCUGGAGGCUGGAAUUGCGGAGAAGGCGGUGGUUGAGGCUCGUGCCACGGAGGCGGAGCCGACGUUGGAGGCCGGAUCGCCUGGAGCUGCUGUUGGUGGUGUUGAUUGCAGCGAUGAGUUGUGUGGGACGAGGACGACCAGCAUUGAGAAGGAGGGAGGCAGGCAAUCGAUUGAAGCGCCCAAGCGGGGUUUGUUCCGAGGUCUGUUGUCGUGCUUUUGCUGGGGAGGCGCCCAUGGCCCCCAGCCCACUCACGUCGCUGCGAAGGAGGCUGGUCAGGGCAGCCCUGAUCAGCUGGACAAGGCCAGCGCAGAGGCGGAUGCGACAGCUACUGCUGCUGCUGCUGCCGUAUCCACCAGCGACGCGCUUGUCCUGAUAUCCCCGAGCGACGUCACCACACCGGUACCGGUCGAGAUUGAGCAAGACGCCUGCAUCCUCAACGUUGCUUCCAUUCGAACCACCCAACAGCAGUCGCCGCUAAACACUGGGACGGAUGGCAACACCACGCCGCGGACGCCGCAGCACGCCAAGAACGCCAUCUCUGCUGCUGCUGCCCGUCAAUCCGCGCUCGCCACUCCGCCGCCUCUGCCGCUACCACCCCACCAGCAACUCACCAGCCCGGGGUCCCUCGCAGUCAGGAGCCCGCACUACAAGUCCGGGCAGCGAUGUGGUCCGGCCGGCAACACCGCUACCUCCUCCACGCCGCCUAGCCCCAGCAUGCGACGAGGUGUCCGUAGCGAGGAUGCCGACAGCUCCUUUGACCGCGCCGCCGUUCGCACCAACUCGACCGCACAGCCGCAAUCCCAGCAACCCAGGUCUCCAUCACGUGCUGCGGGCCCCGUUGAUCUGCUGCUCGCUCCUGGCUUUGGCGGCAACGGAGGAGGUCAGGGUCAGGGACAAGCUCGCGCGCUGCCGGGGUCACAGCCCUCCUCAAAACGGACCACUCGCAGCCCAACUGAGAAUGCCGGGGAGUUGCCGCAGCCGUCCUCUUCAACCCUCGGAGCGUCGUACCCGGCGGGAGCAGCAGCAGCAACAGCGGUCUCAACAACUGCGGGAACACCACCUGAGCUGAAGCGUCAGCGGCAACGCAUGCAGCAGGACGAGGCAGGGCCCUUGGCCACACGGUCCCUUCCCCAGACCGCGCUGGUUCCAGUCAAGCGAGACGGAAGCGGUGGCGGAGCUGACGCGGCCGCUGCUGCUGCUGCUGCUUGCGCUGCAGCGGUGGCUGCUUGCGCGGCUGCUGCCGCCGCGGGUGCAGAGGCCGCCAGCGCUGCCCUGCAGUGCAACACGACUGGUCCCCAGGGCCUUCUCCUUACAGCAGGUUCUGCUACCCUUGCUGCCUUGCCCGAGCCGCCACAGCAACAGCCCUCCGCGGCGGCGGCAGUGUCCGCAGCAGAUCGCAGCAGCCGCAAGCGAGGUCGCGCUCCCAAUCCCUUCAGUCACGGCUUGGGUCAGCUGGACGCCAAGAAGCUGGCCGCGAUGCCGCUUGAGGAGAUGCUGGACCAGAUCCAAGCAGCCAUGCAUGCUGAAGACCUAGCCAGCGGGCGCAGCAGCUCCCUGCCAGAUGCAACCGCCUCGGCGGCUGGUCUCGAGUUCACGGCCCUUCUGCCGCCGCCCAUGCCUGUAACUGCAGCCGGGAAGGCUCGUAGCGGUUCCAUGCGGCGUCGGAAGUCCACUGCAAGUGGUCGCAGCGGGGCGCAUGCAGCCGAUGCUGGGGGUAGCAACGGUAUCUGGCGCAGCAACGGAGGCGGCGGCGGUGGGGGGUGCGUACGCAGUAGCGAUCCUGGUGGUAGUGGUGGCGCCAGCGCUGCGGGUAUGAUGGUUGGGAUUGGUGGAGUCGGCGGUCCUGUGUUUGGCGGUGCCCAGGGCGCGUCCGGCACGGCUACGGCGGCAAAGGAAGGCGGCAACCCGAACCGCAGGCGAGUGAAGGCGCGAGUCCCGUCGACGGCACCUGCGGGCAGGCAGGCGGGAGCUGCAUCUGCUUCGGCUGCUGCAGCUGGCACCGCGGCGGCAGCAGCCGGGUCAGCAGGCAACAGCGGCAACAACGGCGGAGGAGGAGCUCUGUCUAGCCGUGCAAGAGAGAAGGACUCGCAGCCUGUCUGGAGGCAUGGAGGACGUGCGAUGGCAACCCAUGGGCUUGGCAUCGCGGGAACGUCGGUUACAGCGCCGCCGCCGCCGCUGCCGCAUGUGGCAAUGCCCUCGCCACGUGUUCCAUUGUUCGAGAGCUCAAUCCUGCGUCAACCGCCGUACAAACGGCCGUUGCUGAACAACACCACAACGGCAACAACUGCCGCCGCCGCCGUUCCUCCAGUCGCCGCCGUACAACCACUGCACACCCAUCUGCAACAACAGCAGCAGCACACAACGCAUGGGUGUUCAGCUACCAUUGGUCCUAGCAGCGUUGCGAUGACGGCUCAUCGCAUCUCGCCGCGUAUCGGAGCCGCCGCCACUACCUUUGGCGCCACCGCUGUCGCCUCCGUAGCGGCUCCCGCCGCAAGUAACACUGUUCCUCGGGGCGUUCACCGCCCGUCUCUGGAUACCAGCGUGCUAGCCGCCCCGGCUGCUGCUACUGCAGCACCUCCUGCUGCUGCUGCUGCUGCGCCUCUGCAGCCGGGCUCCGUAGCAACCUCUACUGGAGCUUCCGCCGCGUCGCUCAUCGCUGCAGCGGAAGCAGUCGCGAAAUCCGCGUUGCGUGGGGAGUCCGAACGGGGAGAUGCCCAUGCUGCUGUUCCCGCUCCCGCUCGCGCCGUCGCCUCGCCCAUCACACCGCCACUGAUGACGUCGCUCGACCUUUCCGCGUUGCUUUCCCGCUUUGGCUGCUCCACCACCAGCACCACCACAGCUGCUUCCACCAACCCAACAGCAACGACCACAGCGACAGCCCUGUCCCAAGGCGGUGCCAGCAGCAACCUCCUCAAUCCCAACAAGACCGCAACCGGUUUCGGCAAGCUGCAAAAGCAACCCGGUAGCCUGUCAGCCGGCGGCGCCUUCCCUUCCGCCGCCACCGCCACCACUGACGCGAUCUUUGCUGAUCUCAUACAGCUUCUGGGCGGUAGCGGCGAGGGCGCCGUGGCUGCGGUUAGAGCCUUCAGCCGAACGCCGCCGUCAGCCCUCGCUGUCGCCACAGCUCCCAUGGUGGUCCCGGUGAUGAGCGUCCUCCAGCCUGGCAACCAGUACGGGCAAAUGCAUCAGCCCACUGUCGCCGCCGCCGCCGCUGCUGCUGCGCAUGGUGGCGUGAUGCCCGGCUGCUGGGACCCUCAUCAUCCUGCCAUCGGCAGUUCGGCGGUAUCGAAGGUUGGCUGCGAGACCACGUCGCCAUCGCUGUUGGCGGGUAUGUCGGGUGCACCAGUGGACGCAAUCGCUUCCGUGCGGGUGUCUGCACCGGCGGCAGCUGCAUGGCAGCAACAGCAGCAAGAGGUACGGCAGCAACAGCUGGAGGAGGUACGAGCAGUUUCAGCGUCUGUGAGCUUGGAGGAGCUCAUGGCUCGAGCGGCGUUGUCGGAGCGCCCUCGUGCCGCUGCUGCUGCUGGUGCUAGUGCUGGUGCUCGGAUGGGGGAUGAAUCGGUUGGAGGAGUCGCUUCCAGGGAGAAUGGCCCGUACAGUGCCCCGUCUAGCGCGCCGUCUAGUGCUCCCACUUCAAUGGGGGGAGCAGGUACAGCAGCAGUAGCAACAACAAUAGCAGCGACGACAGCAGUAGUGGGAAGUACGGCGGUGCAAGAGUCCGUACAGCAGGGGUUGCUAACAGAGAAGCAGCAAUCGGCGCUGCCACCGCCACCACCGCCGCCACCGCGGCAGCGGGCCUUGAGUAACAUCGUAGCACCGGUCCUUGCGGCAACGGAGAAGGAGGAGAAGACUGCAAGACCACCAAGAGGAGUUUACAGCGCUCCUCCGGAGUUCCUGGCUGCCAUGACGUCCGCAACCACCACCGCUCCAGCAACCGCAACCACAGCAUCAGCCCCAGCAACCGCAACCGCAACAGCAGCGGCAACGACGGUUACUCCCCGAAACGGCAUCAGCGGCGCCUCCCCGGGCAGCUACCUUGAGCUGCUGCAAAGCCAUCCGCCCCUUCGCUCCGGCCCCGUGCCGCAUUACGCGCUGCCCACUGCCUCGCGUUUUGUGAGAUCUUCUUCCCAACAUGCUGCUUCCGUUGGCUCUAGUGGAUUAUACGCCGGUGCGAGUGGUGCUAGUGGUGGUGGUGGAGGAGGUUAUCAUCAUCAGCAGCAUGCUCUGGUGGUGCAUGCUAAGAGCACUGCGGACGGCGAGGGAGGCCCGGCAGCGGCAGCACCGGUAGCAGCAGCGGCGGCUCCGGCGGAUGUCGGGAGUGCCGGAGGAGCGAGGGGCGGGCGGUCUGUUGCGUCGGGUGGCAGCAGCGGACGCUUUCCGGCGGGUAGCUAUGCGAUGCUGGCGAUGGCCCGGCAGACGUCAUUGGCUUCGAUGGGCGUGGUGGGUACGACAGGUGCCGGCUCCGGAAGCAGCAGCGGCGGGGGUAGCAGCAGCGGUGGCGGUGGUGUGGGUUGCGCAGGCAGCAACGCAAGCAGCACUGGAGGGAGCCAAGCGGUCUUGGAAGCAGCGCCUGUAGAGCUGCCAACCAGGGCUGCUGCUGGCGGCAGUAGCAGCGCUUUGCUGAGGGGUGAUAAUGACGUAGAUUUGACGGAGUCGAAGGUCCCCGCAACAGCAGUAGCAGCGACGGCCACGAUGACGGAGGCUCCCGAUGAGGCAUUUGAUGAGGCGGUUGUUGCGGCACCGCCAGCCGCCGAUGCGCCGACACCCGAGGCGGCUCAGCUGAGCUAUCAGACCCUGGCAAGUCCCGCGGCCUCCGUUGGCGUCACUGUGGCAGCCGCCAUGGGGGGUCAGCACCUGCAGUCGGUUCCCUUCAAGGUGGUCCCAGCUAGCCCUCGCGCGACAGCAACAACAACCACAGCAGCAGCAAUAGCAGGAGCACACCAGACAACAGCAGCGACAGUCGAAGCAGUACCAACAACCGCUAUAGCAGGAACAGGAGCAGAAUCGAUAGCAGCAGUAACAGCCAUUAGUCCUGAGGGUGUGGUUGCUGCCCCGGCUCCCGCUAGCCCUCGACUCGCAGAGGGCCCGCGUCCCACCCUCGCGGAAGCGGACUGCUGCACACCUGCAGAUGAAGACGACGACGAGCAGCAAACGCUGGAAACUGCCGAAGCGGAGGCGGGUACAGUGCUACCGGCUGGGGAAUCCCUCCCGGUCGAUGCGGGCGACACGAAGGCUGUUAUCCAAGUUGCCGACUUCUCCAUUGAGACCGAUGAGGAGGAGGUGAAGGAGAAGGCGACCGAUGAGGUACAGCCGAAGGAGUCCGCGAGUGUGGGAGAUGAGGAUGCGCAUGGGAUUGUAGGACACCAGGGUGGUCGGGUGGUGUUGGACCUGCAUGCGGCCGCCGCAGCCGACCAUGCAGCGCUGGUGUAUGAUGCGGCGCUGAGUCCCUCCAACAGCAGCGACUGCAGUGACAUGCAGCAGCAGCAGCUGGUGCCGGAGUCGCUGGAGGAGAUGGAGGCGCAGGUGGCGGCGGCGGCUGAGGAGGCGGUUCGACUGCUGCUGUCUGGCAUGCCGCAGUCCUCGCGAGUGUUUCCGGUUGAGGAGGAGGUUGGCGAGGUUGUGAAGCAGCUACAUGCUGCUGUGGAGGAGGAGGAGGAGGAGGAGGAGGGGGCGGCAGCAGGAGCAGAGGUAACGGAGCUGGGAUGGGUGCAAUCGGAGUUGCCGCAUGAGGCGGAGGCGGCGGCGGCGGCAGCAGCGGUGUCUGAUGGCCCGGUUCGUUCGCGGUCGCCGCGGCUGGUGCGGUUGCCGGUGACGCCUGGUCGUGCGCAUGGGGCGGCGAGUGGCGACUGGCGGUGCGCGUCGCUGGAGGAAUACGAGCGGUCGCUGGAGGAGUUUGGAAAGUACCUCCGGUUGGCUGCGGUGAAGGAGGAGGAUGCGUAGGCUGCUGGGGUGCAGGUUGUUUUAGAGGUUGUUAGCUACUUGUUCAGGAUUAUUUGAGGCGAGUUCGGGUCGGAGGUACAAUGGGCUCCCAGUUGUUGUAGUCGUCAUGCCGAGAGUUACUUGGGAACUUCGGUAGGGCUUUUGUUGUGAUUGAGGUUGAGAUGUUGCCGGGAGGGGGCAACGGUGGUUGUUGUCUUGCUGGUGAUUAGGUGCUAGUUGAGAUAUUUAUUGUGGGCCGUGUGAGGCCUUUUAGUCAGUGAGUUCCCCUAAGGCAGUACAUGCCGGGGGUCGUGAUUCGACCAUUGUGGCGCGCGGUAGCAUUGGCGCCCACUCUGACCUGUGACAGCGGAGAGCAGCGUAGGAGCUGCUCUUUAGAGGCUUUUCAGGAGCUAUAGAUGUUUUAGCUUCUGCGCCGAAGAGGCGAUUGCACGGCCCCCGCAAGGUUAAGGGCAGGGAACCACACCUGAAAAGGUCUUCCCGACACCUGCAUGAGUUCGGCCCCGCAUGGGGCGGCUUGCUUGCCAUCUGAUGCCUUACGGGCGUGCACUCAUGAACCCUCAUCGUGUGCAUUCUGUAGCGACUAAUGACUUUUACUUUAGGCUGGUAGCUCAUUGAGAUGGAGAUAUGAGAUAGGAUAGGGCGGUAGAUGAGGAUGUUGGUGAAUGAUAUCAUGAUAUGCGUGCAUGCGCAUGCAAGCGAGACCCAUGGGUCUUUACAUGAUAGCCCGGACUUGUUAGCUCACAAUCCCUGAUGAUUUAUAGCUGAGGACGUGGAGGAGAUCUUGCUGCAACUGUUUUAGGUGCUCAAACGGCACAUGCUGCUGAGAGUAGGUGCUCAGCUUGUGGCCCAGUCAAU